AUGCGCCGCUGCUUCUCGGCGUCGGCCAAAGUCCCCCUCCAGAGCCCGCCGGCCCGCGCAGCCCCCCGACGCUCGUCCUCGAAAUGGCUCCCUAUAGCAGCUGGCCUCGUUGUAGCAGGCGGCGCUGCCAAACUAUACGCCGACACCACACGUGAGAGCAUGUCGCUGAGCCGACAGGCCGCCCAGCGCAUCGACGACGAGCGCGAGAAGCGCAACGCCAUGCUGCUCGAAGUGUAUGGCAGCGGCGAGAGCCUCGAAGAGCUGGAAAAGGCCGUUGCCUUUUACGAGAGUAAAAAGUAA